AGCGCAACUAUCGCGAUAGUUUGAAACACAUGGCGGCCCAGUGUUUACAACUUCUGUCAAUGAACUGGUGAAGAAACAAAAGACUCCAGGUAGAACGACGUCACAUAUUGCUGCGUUUUAUGCACACACACCGGCGUUGGGUGAAACUCUGACGCCGUCGAGGGAAAAGUGUUUAAAGCCGAAUUGCAGGCAAAACAAAAGGCCGGGCAAGCCUCAACACAGGCUAGCGAGUGCUGUGAUGUCCUCGACCCCCAGCAGACUCAAACACCGACACUGCAAGAAGAAGCAUUAUCCUAGUAGCACUCACCUUACCCACGUCUGACAGCCAAACACGGGACAAAACGCAAUUGGACGCCAGGUACAGGACUUGACAGGAGAAAAAUAUCAACAAAGAGAGAUGUCUGAAACAGCUGGAGGUGGGGAAGGUGGAGGUGCGACAGGAGCAGGGCAGGACGGAGAAGGGGAUAAUGAGCCCCCUCAUCAGGCACCACCUUUGCCUGAAGGGGAUAGCUUCGAGGUGGGGGCGACCACAGAUGAAGGGUCCAUUUUGCCUGCCAAACGUCCCAGAAUGAGCGAGGAGGAACAGGGACUAGAGCAGGUCGCAAAGCCUGUUGAGAUGUUUGGAGAAACACCAUCUGACCUGCAGGAAGACCCAGCACCACCAGCACAAAGAACAGGAGAACCAAAACAACGUGUUGAGGAAGGUCAAGCAGGGGAAGAGGUGUCCGUCAGCGGAGAAGGUGAAGAAGAAUGGCAUCAGAAUGGAGAUGGAUGCCACGACACACCCACAGAAGGAGAGGCAAAAACAGAAGAGGGCCAAAAUGGUGACAGCUCUGCAGACUGCCCCAGUGAAGUACAGCGCAUUGGCCUAGAUUUUACCCAGACUCCCCAGAUGCUGACUGGUUCCUGCACCGAGUACUCCAACCUCCCAGAGAAUUACCUCAAAGGCUGCAAAUGGGCCCCUGAUGGUUCCUGUAUCCUGACCAACAGUGCAGACAAUGUGCUCCGUGUGUACAACCUCCCUCCAGAGGUCUACAGCUACAACUGGGACCUGCUUCCUGAGAUGAGCCCAGUGCUGAGGAUGGCAGAGGGCGACACCAUCUACGACUACUGCUGGUACCCCAAGAUGAACUCUCUGGACGCGGACACAUGCUUUCUAGCCAGCAGUAGCCGCGACAACCCAGUCCACCUGUGGGAUGCAUUUUACGGGCAGGUGCGAGCCAGUUUCCGACCCUACAAUCACCUGGACGAACUGACGGCGGCCCACUCCCUCUGCUUCUCGCCGGACGGAUCGCAGCUCUACUGCGGCUUCGACAAAACCGUCAGGGUCUUCUACACCGAUCGACCAGGGAGAGACUGUGAGGAGCGGCCCACCGUAGUGAAGAAGCAGGGCCAAAGUGGCAUCAUUUCAUGCUUCGGCUUCAGCCCCUGUCAGUCUGUCUACGCCUGCGGCUCUUACUCCCGCUGCGCUGGCCUCUACUCCUGCCAAGACGGCACCCUGCUGGCCCAGCUGCCCACCCGCCACCACGGAGGCCUCACCCAUCUGCUCUUCUCCCCCAACGGCAACUACCUGUACACCGGAGGGCGAAAGGAUCCAGAAAUCCUGUGCUGGGACCUAAGAGAUCCAGGCAAGGUUUUGUUUUCACUGAAGAGAAACGUAGCCACGAACCAACGCAUCUACUUUGAUCUGGACCCGUCUGGCAGGUACCUGCUGAGCGGCGACACAGGGGGGGUGGUGUCGGUUUGGGACACCCUGACAGCUCCUCCUGAUGGAGACGAGGAGCUACUGCAACCUCAGCUCAGGUUCAACGCCCAUUGGGACUGCACCAACGGCAUGAGUAUUCAUCCCUUCAUGCCACUGUUGGCUACAUCCAGUGGGCAGCGGCAGUUCCCGUCGCCCGGCGAGAGUGAUGGUGACUCUGAGGGCGAGGGAGGGGAGGCUGUGAUGUCGCCUCAGGAGAUCCGACAAGACAACGCUCUGUCUCUGUGGUGGGCCGGACCCCUGGCCCCCGCCGUCGAGGGAAGCCAAGAGCCCAGUACAGAGGUGCUGGACGCCUGAAGCUACUCAAUUGAGUUCCACAUUGCCAUGGGAUAUUUAUUUUGGGAACGAUCAAUAUUGAUGAUUAUGGGUCAGUAAUUUUGCGACCUGAAGUCCUGAGGUGGGAGAAUUUUCAACAUUUAAAGUCCCACAACAUAUCUGACAUUCUUAAAAUAUCACCUCCAAAUUAACAACAUUGACUCAGGACUCUGAAAUUAUUAAACAUCGCACAUCACAUUUACAGGGUCGCUGUUUAAAUUAUUGUGAAAAUAAGAAAUGCAGAAUCUGGUGAAUGCUAAAAGCAGGGUUUUCUUUUACUCAGACAAGAUGUGGAUACUCAAUUUUGUGAUUACAUUUUUAGGAGAACUUCUGUUUCUGUUCUCCUCCAGCCAAGGUGAAAUAUAUCUAGCCUUUUAUUGAAAUUUAUGUCCGACAUGCUUCCUGAAUUUGGUUGAAUUGGAGGCCUUGAGUGUCGUGAAGCAGCCUAGUCUGUCUACUGAUGGCCUCUGCGAUCUGAGUCGUGUCUGUGGGAGUGUUUGUUUACGUGUGGGGCUGUAAUGCUGCCCCGGAGAUUCCUAUACCGCUAAAGUUACAGUAAGUGCCAUUUGUUCCUGAGCUUUUGCUUUUGUAACCUGACGGAAUCUCCCGUUUUUACCUUCUUUUUUAAACUACCGGGGUGUUGUGUCGCUCUGUGCAUGCCCACAAAUGUAUAUUUUUGUAAAGCCGUGAUGAUCACUCUAGUUUCUCGAAUGUAUUCCUCUGUAAGCAGCUAGCUGGUUUACUGUAACCUCAUACAAAUCUGUGAACGUCUUUUUAGUAGUGGGUAAACGUGGAGUGAUGUCUAUUAUUUUUCUACAGAUCUGGCUCAUUUGUACCUGUGUGUAUGGUGAUGUGGUAGCACAGAACAGUGUUUGUAUGAUCGCAUCAAAAAUGUACCGCAGUGAUUUGAUGAAUGCUUAUGUCGCCAUUACCGGGGUGUGCUUUGUUUUAGGGUUUCUUUGCAGGUAGAUCAGAGGAAGCACAGCAUGCUACAACCAAAGCCUUGUAUCUGUAUACACUGAGGAAUCUAUCCAUUGUGAAGCCUCUGCUGAUCCAGGCUUCAUUUCUUGGACUCAGAUGUGUUGCCAAUAAAUAGAAGCUGCGAUUGUGUAGCUCAUAUGACGCUGUACUACAGAUUUGCUCUACCAAGAACCAUGUAGGCCUUGAUGUGCGACAGGUGGCUUUCUGGUGUUUUUAUUGAAGCUGCAGUGAAUUAAAAGCAUAUCCCUUCACAUA